AUGUUUUUCUCCUCUGAGCUAUUGUCGAAACGAGACAGCGGCUUUGGUCUUCUCUGGUUGGCCGCAACACUAGGAUCUCAAUCUGCUUUCAAAAAACUUCCGAGGCGGUCUGUCUUGACAGCGGAUAUCACUCGAUUGUGCGACCUAAUCACUGAGCCUUCUGAGCCUUUGGCGUUGAGGCUGUCAAGUAACCUUAUGUUUGGUGUCGUACGCGUAUACAAAGUAAAGCAAGAGAUCUUGAUGUCCGACGUUUCGAAUUGCGUAACGUCCUUAAAAAAGGUGGCAAAUGAACUGAAGUCCUUGGGCGCCCCAGAUGGUCAACUUCAAAUGGCUCAAACGUCCAUUCGUCCUUCCGCUUUCACCAUCACGCCCGAUUCAAAUGCCGCAUUAUUGAUGGAUUUCGAUGCCCUAGUUGCUGUGUGUAUCACCAUUAUUUCUUCACGGUCUGCCGAAAGACACCGCGAUGGUGACGACAACUUGAAGGAUAGCGAAAAGCCAAUAUCUUUUGAAGGCUUGAGGGGAGCUCUCCCAGCGGAAACUAUCCAACAAGACAUGCAUACUCUGGAUGAAUAUCACGAACACCUCCUGUCUGCUUCGUUCGAUAUGUCCUUCAAUGGACGGGGUGUUGAACCGUCGUCCUCACAAGUCGAACAAGCAUUUGAUAUGAAUGAUAACUUCUUCGUGCUCUCUGAUGGAAUCGACAUCGGGGAAGGUUUAGGGGAUGAACUUGCUAAGGAACUUGGCUGGUCUUUCUCUCCAGUCAAGACAGCUCAAGUGGAGAACGAUAAUGUUGCUAAUCAAUUACUAACACAAGAUAACCUCAAUUUCGAUAUGGACUUUCAGUUAGGCGGCGUCGAUGAAGAAAAUUUUGGUGGCGAAGCGGGAGAAUUGGGGGGCAUUUGCAAUUCGCAAGCUUCUCUUCCGAAAAUAACUAACAAGAGCCUGAAGCAUAUCACUAACCCAGGGAAAGAAAAUGCUUCCACACAGCAGCGGCCUUCACCCCCCUUCCAAGCAUUAAGCCCUACAGCUUCAUUCUCUCGGCUGCUUCUCUCCCAGGACCUUGAUCCACGGCCCUUGGACGACAUUACAAUAGAAGAACAGGGCGGGGCCAAUCGAGGAGACGGCCGAAAGAACAAGCGAACCCGCUUAUUGCUCGAUGCGAGAACCGAAUUAACGGAUGAGGAACUAAAAAUUGCGAGGGCGAAGUAUCUAGAAAUCCAGAACCUUAUCAAGCAUGAUAUCGGAGAAAAGAAGUCUGAGAAACACAACGGUAAAAUGGUCGAAGAAUUGGUUUGGGGUGUCCCACAAGGAAUCCAAGCUCGGGUCUUGGUCGAAUUUUGGCAGGAGAAUUUCAAGGUUCAAGUCGAGGCCAGAUCGGGAGCGCUUCAUCUUCAUCAUGAUGAACCGCCUGCAAAACGUCGAAAAACGGUUCUGGGAAUUCAUGAUAAGAAAAUACCAGAAGAAGCUUUCCAUCCAGAGAUAGCGCACGACAUAGACGUCGGCGUCACGACAGAUGAUCUGUUUGCAAUGGAUAUGGCACCUGACCAAAAUGACUACUAUCGAGGAUCAUCCGAGGAUCCUGGUCAAGCGCGUCGCGUUUCUCGCGCUGCUUCUAUCGUCGGAGGAAAUGACUUGGGCAUCAAUCUCGGUGGGCAGUUAGGAUCUCAACGAAGCUCCCUAUUUCCCUGGGACAACGCCGCGGCGAGCUCAUCGAGUGGAAAUGUACCUCAUAAUAUCCAGGGCAGUCAAGAUAUCCAAGUCGACCACGUGGAAGUCAGGCUUCGAGGAAGUUCACAAAGCAGGCGAGAGAGUUCACUGAUUCCAAGCCAGCUGGGGAGUAUAUUAGCAGGACCAGGACUCUCGCCAGCCCUGGGUUCGCAAGUUUUUGAUGGGGAGGAUUAUGGGUUCAAAGUCGAUAAAGCCGCCCAGGAGGAAACACAAGAAACGCAGAAAUCGGAUUUGAAUCUUGUAACUCUCGAGAGGAACUCUUUCAACUUUCUCGAGUGGGCAUAA